AUGAUAAAUCCAGGUAUUCCUUUCAAAAUGGUAGCUCCCGCUCCCAAUAAUCCCUUCAUUUAGAUGCCAAUAUUAUAAUAGCAAUAGCAGUUUAUGAUAGACCCAAGUGGAUAACAGUAAAUGUUUGCUAUCCAUUAAAAUUAAUAGCAUCAGUAGCAAUAAUAAUUACAGUAGUAGAUCAACAAUUUGGUGUCUGCAUCAGCAUUGGAUGAUUGCGAUUCAGGAAGUAAUUCAGAUGGAGAAUCUUAAGUUUUAACUAAUAACCCAGAAACUGCUAAAUAAUACUUUGACGAUUUCCUGAAAUUAACAUAGCAAGUUGAUCCCUCAAAUAUCCAACUUAGUACUGUGAUAGAAUAGUAUAAUAUCAGUUUCAAAAGUAUGCCAAAUGAUGAAGAAAUGAAAGCUGAAUUCAAUAGAAUGCUAUAAAAAUACAACUCAAGCUCGUAAAAAGGAUAAAAAAAAAAUUGGAAUGAUAACGAAACAAAGAUAUUAUGUUGGAUAGUGAUUAAAGCAUGUGUUCUAUAAAAUUUAGAUUGCAGACAUAUAGAGGAUAAAAUUUGGGAUGAUAUUGCUAAAAUGAUGAUAGGUAGAACAUCAGAAAGUUGUAAAUUUAAGUGGCUUUCUUUAUCAAAGUUAAACUUAUAAUAAAUUCCUUGGAGCGCUGAAGAAGAUGCUUUACUGCUUUCUAUUAUAAAAGAUUAUAAUGCAAGCAACAAGGGUAAUAAAUGGAGUGAAAUCAGUAAAGAGCUUAACUCUAGGUCUAAAAAAAAUGUAUUUAGGUAGGGUAAAUAGUGCAGAGAGAGAUGGAAUAAUCACUUAGACCCAAAUAUCAAUAGAGGACCUUGGCACGAUAAAGAAGAUUUGUAGCUACUAAAGCUAAUUUUAGAGAAAGGUAAAAAGUGGUCUGACGUUUCUAAAGAAUUGAAAAGCAAUAGAACUGAGAAUAAUGUAAAAAAUAGAUUUAACAGUAUCAUUAAAAAAGAAAAGCAAAAUUUAGAAGAAACUAAAGGAAAAGCUGAAUCAAAUAUGCCAGAAAACGAUUUAAUUCACAUCUUAAUAAAAAAAUAUACGACAAGGAUUUCUCAAGGAUUCACUUUAAAUUGUAAGGAAGAAGAAUAAUCUAAAGAUUAGUAGACUUAAGAUAAUAAUUAAAAAAGCGAAUCUCCUUUAGGUAAAAUUGAAAAGCAAAAAAAUAAGCUUAAAGAUUUAGUUUAAAAAGAAAUAAAAACAAAAGAAAAUUAAACAUAAAUAGCUGGAUAAUAAAUAAAUAGUAUGAUUUUGGAAGAUUAAAAUCAGCUUAAUUAAUAAAAAAUAUCCUAAAAUUAAAUAGGAAGCUUUUUUUAAUUUAAUGAUGGAGGACAAAAUUCUUCUGAAGUGGUUGCUAACUAGUAAUAAUAACAAUUAUAACAACAGCAACAAUAGUAAUAAUACUAAUAAUAAUAUUAACAAUAUAUUAACUAAUAACUGACAAAUCAGGUUGUAAAUCCAGAACAUUACUCUCCAAAUACUUUGAACAAAGCUUUCUUGGCACAAGCUGAACAAAUCAGCUAAUGCUCUAUGAGUCCAGGUAAUUCCUAAUAAAAUACACCUCUUUAAUAGCACCAUAAUUAAGGCCUACUUCAGCUAUUUUCUGCUAAUGGAGGAUAUAUUGCAGCUAAUCCUGCAAAUGUAUAAACUUAAAUAAUGCAGCCAUAUUUAAAUUAACCUCAAUAGCAGGGGUAAUAACAAUCUUAUCAAUAAUAACAACCCUAAUAAUCUCAAUUUUUCUCUUAGUCUUAAUAACAAAAAUAAUUAACAGAAAGCCCUUCAAGCUACAAAAUUAGAAAUGCUAUGGACUUAAUUAAUUAAAACGAUGCAGUAUCCAACAUGAGCUUAGCCUUUUUUAAUCCUCAAACUUAAGAACUUGUAGAAAUAGACCAUUAGCUGCUUGAAGAGUAUACCAAAAAUUAAGUCAGAAUACAAUUGUAAUAAUAUGCAUAAAACAUUAAGAGCUCAACAUCUUAGCUAUAGACACCAGUUCAAACUCCUUAACAAACUCCAUAACCUACUUUUUAAAUUAUGUUUCAUUAAUUAUAAAAUUAGAUGGUAGGCUAAGCUGGAAGCAAUUCACCUCAGUAGUAUUAGCUGUACAACAAAGGAAAUAGUCCUACUUUAAAUGCUGGAAUAAUCAACAGUCAGACAGGUACUACCCUUUCUUAGCAACAGCAGCAAUAACUUAUGGGCAUAAUUGGUACUCCUAUAUCGCCUUAAACAAAUCUGUUUAAUAUUAUGCAAAAUAUGUCUCCAGCUGCCUCAGGUUAUAACACACCAAACAAUAGUAAUAAUAACAAUAAUUAAACAGACAUUAGAAGCAUAAAUUAAAUGCAGUAAUACUCAAACUUCUUUAUGAAUAACGCAAAUAGUAUGGUGUAGCAGCCUUAAUAAUUCCCUAUUUAAGCAGUGUAGGGAUAAAUAUAUAUGCAAGCAAAUUCAAAUAAUAACACUAACUUUACUAAAGAUUAAAUUAACUAUUCUCCAUCUAAACAGAAUUUUGCUAAUUAAUAUAAUUAAAUUAACUAGCACUGA